CGCACAUGGCCAACAAGGAGGUAGAGGAGGAGGGCGGGGAGGUGUGUACCAUCGACUGGGAUGCCUUUGGCAACAUCGGCGGGCGGAAGAAGAAGGCGGCAUCCAAGGCUCGGGGCAAGAAGCAGGCCAAGAAGGGUAGGGGGUCCCGUAAGGGGAAGGAGAAAGUGGCCUACGAUGAGGAGGAGGAGGAGGAGGAGGAAGAGGAGGAUGAGGAAGAGGAGGAGGAUGAGGAGGGCGAGGAGGAGGGCGAGGACGAGGAGGAGGGCGAGGGCAGUGGAUCAAAGGAGCCUCGCAAGAGGGCCAAGGGGAGCAACCCCUGGGAUUGCAGCGAUGGUGACAGUGGGGCGGAUGAGGAGGAGGACAAGGAGUAGUAAUGUGAGGAGGAGGUCGCG